AUGCCCAGAGGAAAGUGGAUCGACAAGAAGUCGGCUCAGCACUUCACGCUGGUCCACCGGCCGCAGAAUGACCCCCUCAUCCACGACGAGAGCGCGCCGUCGAUGGUGUUGAAUCCGAUGCAGAAAAAGUCUGGAUCUGGAGCGAAACACCUCGAUGAUCUUGCAUCCGAGCUCGGCUCAGAUGCCGCCAACAUCCGAGAGAACGAAGGCGAGGCGGCGUCCUAUGGCGUGUAUUACGACGACUCCGAGUACGAUUACAUGCAGCAUUUACGCGACCUCAACUCCGGCGGCGGAGACGUCGUCUUCAUCGAGGCAGAAACUUCGGGAAAGGGCAAGGGCAAGCAGAAGCAAACGCUGGAGGAUGCGCUGAAACAGAUGGACUUGGAGCAAAAGGCAGGCGACGUGUUGGACGAAGUCAUGCUUCCUUCCAAGAACCUGACGAGGGUGACGUACGAGGCCCAGCAAGAUAUUCCAGAUGCCAUCCGCGGUUUUCAGCCCGAUAUGGACCCGCGGCUGCGAGAAGUGCUCGAGGCGUUGGAUGAUGACGCCUACGUCGACGACAAUGAUGAUGAGAUCUUCCAAAAGCUAGCGCAGGAUGGACGAGAGUUGGACGACUUUGAGUUCGACGACGCACAGUAUGACGACGAUGAUGGCUGGGAGUCCGACGACACAGCCAAGCCAACGAAGGAGUACAACGACCAGGCACCAGAGCUCGUCAGCGUGGAAAGGGAGCAGCCGGAUGAAGGUCCGUCGCAGGACUGGCUCGAAGACUUCAAGCGGUUUAAGCAGGCACAAAAGUCUGGCAAGUCCCCCGUUGUGCCGUCUCAUUCUGGCUUGCAGUCGAAUUGGACGACGACGACAAAUGGCGGCCGGCGAAAGAAGCGCAAGGGCGCGCUGACCGAUGCGUCAAGCUACUCAAUGACAUCGUCGUCGCUGGUGCGAACGGAGCAGAUGACCUUGUUGGACGCUCGGUUUGACAAGAUCGAGGAGCGAUACAACGAGGACGAAGAAGAUGACAUGGCUUCUGUAUCUGCCGUGUCGGCCGUCUCGAGCGUCACAGGGAACGUCCGCAGUGACUUUGAUGGCAUCCUGGACGACUUCCUGGGCAACUACACGAAGCCUGGAAAACGCACGUCCAAGAAAACCAAGGCUCAGACGGGGCUGGAGCAGUUAGAAGAGAUCAGAAGGGAGCUGGGCCCGCCGCGCCUCCGUGGCAGGUAG